AUGACUAUCCCCAGCCGUUCUUCAAAGCGCAGCAGCGCCGCCACCGCAGAGCAGCGGCCCUUGCUGCAGCAAUCAAAGAAGCAUCAGACAGCAGCAGCAGCAGCAGCAGCAGCAGCAGAUGAUCAGCUGCGCAGCAGCACCUGCAGCGGCGACACCGGUUCUCCCAAGUCUGCCUCAUCUGCAGCAACAAGCGAAUCAGCAGCAGCAGCAGCUGCUGCUGCUGCCGCUGCUGCUGCAGCAGCAGCACGUCCUUUUCUGCCGGCUUGGGGCCCCAGCCAGCUGCAGCAGCUACGUGAAGCAGCAGCAGCAAUAUUUGCUGCGCACCGUCUAACACUGAAGGUGAUUCCUGUGUCUGCAGAGCUGCAAGGAAAGUGCAGCAGCAGCAGCAGCAGCACCUCCUCCCAGCCACAGCAGCAGCAUCAGCAGCAGCAGCAGCAGCAGCAGCAGAAGGGUGCACUGGAUUUGCUGCAGCAGCAGCAGCUGCGAAACUUGAGAGAUUAUCUGCCUCGUAGAAUCGCUGAAAACAUAUCUUUUUGUUUGUCAGAUGUAAAUCUACCUGAGAGCAGCAGGAACAGAAAUCUGCCGCUGCAGCUGCUGCCUUCCGGAGACCCCACAGCUGCUCUCGCACCAGCUGUCUUGCAGGCUGCAGCAGAAGCUGCUGCUGCUGCUGCAGCAAAAGUUCGAGAAGAACAUCAGCAGCAACGAAAGCAGCACGAAGAAGAAGGGGGUCCUGAUAUUAACAGCAGCAAAAACUGCAACGCCAACAGCAAUAGCAACAGCAGCAGCAGCAACAGCAGCAGCAGCAACAGCAGCAACAGCAACAGCAACAGCAGCAGCAACAGCAGCAGCAACAACAGCAGCAGCGAUCCCGUUGGUUCUGAUGAAUCAGGAUCUUCAGGAGCGUCAGCAGCAGCAGCAGCAGCUGCUGCUGCUGCUGCUGCUGCAGUAAUAUCUUGUCGCAGCGGCAGCAAAAAGAGCUGCAGCAACAUUCAGCGCAAGAAGUUGAGGUCGCUGAUGGAGGGGCUAAGAGAGGAGACAUUUUCGGGUUUCUGGCUGCUGCUGCUGACAGACAAGUACCGCCUGCAGCAGCAGCAGCAGCAGCAGCAGCAGCAGAAGCCGAAGCACCAGCAGCAGCAGGAGCAGGAGGGAGAUACAGCAGCAGCAGCAGCAGCAGCAGCAGGUGGAGGGGGGCAGCUAAAAAGAUUAGUAGUGUGCGGAGCUCUAAUAGAGAUCCUUGAGAAUGAAGAGAGACAGCUGCAAGCUGUCUGGGCGUGUCCAAACCUCAGCAGCAGCAGCACGAGGUUGCUGCUAGAUGUCUUCUUGCGUGUUGCUGCAGCAGAAGCAUUUGCUGCUCAGCCCCACUCCAGCAGCAGCACCAGCAGCAGCAGCAACGGUAACUGCAGCAGCAGCAGCAGCAGCAGCAGCAAGAAGGAUAAGGGGACGAAGAAAGAGAAGCGCAGCGACAAACACAAACACAAGCACAAACACAAGCAGCAGCAGCAGCAGCAGGAGGAGGAGGCAUUGCAGCUGCAACCGGUGCAGCAGCAGCAGCAGCGGAAGCUGCUGUUUGCUUCCUGCAGCGAUCUCUUUGACUGGCCGCGUCAAGCGGCCUUCUUAAUUGCUGCUGAAGAGCUGCAGGGAUGGAGACUUCACUGCGAGCUGCUGCUAGAAGAAUCUGCUGCUGCAGGUGGUGGUUCUGAUGGUCGUGCUUCGAAAGGCUCUGGAGCAGCAGCAGGAACAGCAGCAGCAGCAGCAGCAGCAGCAGCAGGGCGGCCUGAAUUUCAUUACUUUUAUGCAAUAACCGAGGGUUUGCUGCUGCAGCAGAUACCUUCUCAGCAGCAGCGGCAGCAGCUGCUGCUGGAGCUGAGCCCUCACGAGAGGCAGCUGCUUCCUCAAGGGUGGGUGCAGCAGCAGGGUUGGCUUGAUGUGCUGCAGCAGUUGGCUGCUGCUGCUGCUGCUGCUGCUGCUGCUGCUGAGGUGUAUGCGCACCUCCCGCUGCUGCCGCAGCUGCUCGACAUACCACCGCUUUCGGUUGAAGAUGAUGAAUGCUGCGGCCUCUCUUUAAACGCUGCGCUGUCUAUACACUCCAAAUUGCAGCAAUAUGCUCAGCCCUAA